AUGCGGUUACAGCAACUGCCUUUCGAAUUGCAAUUACUGAUCCUUGACUACAUCCAGCAAGACAAUCACCUCGAUCUAGCACCCAUUUCUCACGCCUGUAAGCUCUUUUCUUGCGCUGUAGCAGACAGAUUCACUCGGGCUCAAACUAUCACUCUUUUGCAAGCACCUACAUACUGUCACAAUGCAUCGCUAGGCUUCCUGAGGCUAGCAUUGAAACAGAGCAACAACUAUUUCAUCACACACAACCUCCAGGCAAGCAUCACUGAUAGAUCUGGUCUCAUUAUCAUUUCAGACAUACUUGAAGCCCAGCAAAGAGCAAAUACAAUCAAGACCAUCAAUUUACAUGUCCCAAAUGAACUACAGCCUGAACUAUUAGGCAGGUUAUCUAAGCAUCCUCAAACACAACUCGAGGCAUUAUCCAUCCGUGAUGCAGCAGAUGACAACCAGAUCAUGACAAAAUCAUAUAAUGCACACAUCCGUCCAAUAGAGAUAGUGCAAGCAUUCACAUUAGGGUUCUUAUCAGCAUCUCACAAGACACUCACCAAGAUAGAUUUGCCGUCAUUUCCUUCAUCUCUCCUACUCUCAACGUCAGAGGUUGAAUUUCCAAAUGUGAAUUAUUUGCAUGUUGCAUUGAUGGGUCACAACAGCCAGCAAUACAAUCAGUUAUGGAGAGAUUUCAAGACCAAGUUUCCUGCGCUCAAAGAGUUACGCUUGACGUUGGAUAGAGAACAAUUGGCCUUGUUUAAAUUGCUUUUGGAGGACACAUCGCUAUUUCCAUGGAUCAAGAGAUUAACGAUUCAAAGCAGUGAAUGUCCAAAGACAUUCUUAUCACAACAGGAAUUGAGAAAUAGUCUACUGCAGUUGAGUGGAUUGAAUAGAAUCACUGCUGGUUGGGAUAUGAUUGCACUCAAUUAA